CAGUUAUUGUCUGAACACCGGAUUUACAUUAUUGUUCAUUCAAUUUACCUGUAAAUUACACUUUUUCUCUUAACAUUCACUUUUGUUUAGUCGUCUAAAACUUUUGACACGUCUAUCAUAUUAGUGGAGAUAUACUAUCAGUAAUCAAGUAAUCGUAUCGACAGUGGAGUUGAUUGUAAUUUAAUUGGGUUUUUAGGUGUUUGAGUCACACAUCCAGUGAAUGGUAUGAUAGGGAGAGUUGAAAUCAAACGCCGAUUGUAUUUCAUUCAACACGUAUUGGUUAUGCAAUUGUGAAGUAUUUGUCGACCGAGUGUUCAAAUUAUUGUAUUCAUUGCUUCCUAAGUGCUUGAAAGACAACUCAAGCCUACUAUUGCUGUGCGGAAAGUGAAUACAACUCAACACUACAUCACUUAUUACUGUUAUAUAUAUUUUAUCAUUUGUUAGAUUAUUUUUAUACAUUAUUAAUAAUUAUAAAAACUAAUCUUAAUAAGUUUAUAUCACAUUUGAAAUUCUAUAUAUAAAUACGUUAUUUUGUGGCAAUAAGUUUUGAACUUUCAAUUUAUUGAAAGUAUAAGUGCUUUGAUUUUUAAAUAGUAGUCAUCAAUAGUAGUAAUUAAAUUUUGAAAAUGAUUUUACUUAAAGUCAUUCAAAGGGGCUCUUGUUUUGUGAUUAAAGCCAACUUCUCGACAACCGCUGUCACAAACAGACAGGCAGCGAUUGAUUUGUCGACCCGAAUGUUGGCAAAGAGUAUAGCUUUGAAGCAAUUAAACUAUCAGUCGAGCCAAUUAUCUACCAUCGAUGCCAAUUCCAAAGACUCAUCCAAUGGGCUGAAGAGUCGACCAUUAGUGGUACUGUUGACGUGGUUGAUGGCACAGGACAAACACGUGGACAAGUAUAGUAAUCUCUACCUCGAGAAAGGGUUUGAUGUGCUGACAGUGAAGACCAAUCCGUUUGAUCUAUUGUUCCCGACAAUCGGUUCCCGAAAAAUAGCCCAGAAUUGUGUGACAGUACUCCAGAAAGAGUUGACACAGUAUUCAUCGGUAAUACUUCACGCAUUCAGUGUCGGCGCGUAUCAG